UUUGCCCCCCCCCCCCCUGGAUCCGCCACUGCCAGAACCUACAACAACACAUCACCUAUGACAUAUCAAACUGUCACACUUUGAUAUCGUGGGUGUGACACCUCAUAAAACACGCGUGACAUGUCACGUCACUUCAUGUCACACGCGUUACACCCCGCGAGAAUGAGGAUCCUCGUGACACCCUACGUGAAUGAGGACCCUCGUGACAUCCCAUACCCCUCGAUACCAUCGGACCACGGACAAUUCCUAUGGCAUGUCACCCAACCUUCCUUCCAGUUUAUCUGGUUUAUUCAGCUGUCUGUGUCGCCAAUCCAGUGAUCAAACCAGAUAAACCAGACAAACCAGCUACACCGUUGCGUUGAGUUCCCACAUCUCACUUUCAAAAACUAGCUUCUCCAUCCCGCUCGCAUGGCAAAAUCUACCGGUGCACUGCUUUCUUAUGAGAGAUUCACUAGAUACAACGGGUCCUAUCCGGCUUUCUGAGCAAAUGUUGGUGGUUGCAAGGGAACUGAAACAAGCUUUACUGGGUUUGGAGAGAGAGUGUGAUAUAAAAGCUGGUGGUGAGAUGAGGAAGGUACAGCUUCUCUCACAGCUCCAACAGGAAAACCAUGAGGACUCUGGUGGUUCUUUCGCUCUGUGCACUGGCGGUGCUGGCCGCUGCCCAGGAUCCCGCCGCUCCUGCCGAAGAAGUCGAAUCCUCGGAACCUGAGGCUGUUGAAGCCUCUGACGCCGGUAAGGACCGACGCGGGCGUCUUCUGCUUCUUCUUGGCAAGAAGGCCCUCCUCCUGAAGGCCCCUCUUCUGGCCGCUGGAGCUAUUGGCAAGGGCAAGGGAGCUCUCGCCGCUACCGCUCUGACCAGUCCUCUGGCUGUUGGAGCUUCCAAGGCUGGCCUCGGAGGACUUGGAGGUCUAGCUGGUCUGGGCGGUCUGGGAGGUCUUGGAGGACUUGGCGGAGUCAAAGGAGUCACCGGAGUCAGUGGAGUCAGCGGACUCGCAGGACUGGGAGGCCUGGGAGGAGUCACGACAGUUGGAGGUAGCACUGGCCUGGCUGGCGGGCAGUAUGUGUAUGUUGAUGGUGCCGUUCAACAGCCUGCUUACCAGGCUGUCAUCCAGAAACCCAUCUACAACGCGGUGUACGAGAAGCCCAUCGUGACCGUCGCUGAGCCGAUUGUCGUUGUUGCCAAGCCUGCUGCGCCCAAGCUCCCUAACAUCGUGCUUGAUGUCCAGGCUCAUGCACAGCCCCAGACCAUCGUUCACAGCCAUCCUCAUAGCCACGUGGUUACGGACUCGUAUCCCUUGGAUACCGAGCCCGUGUAUCCUGUGGAUCCUGAGCCUGUGUAUCCGGUGCAUCCGGAUCCCGUGUAUCCGGUGGAUCCCGAGCCGGUGUAUGUGGAUCAGGGGUAUGGCUCUCACCACUGAGAGGAUAGUGCUAACGCAUGGGGUUGGUGUCAUCCAGUAUGGCUCCAUUGAUGUAAAUCAUUGGAUGAGUUCCCAGCAAGGGUUUUCACCCUCCCUUGAUACACCUUGUCGUUUGAAUGUACCCCAAGGGUAUUCACUCUACCCUAAACAUUCACCUGAUAAGGUGUUAUUCAAGGGCGUGUAUUCCCCCCUGUAGACAGAGCCAACUGGGUGGUAAAGGCCCGUGUCAGAUCAUGCUCAAUUUUUUCACCCCAUUACUUUCAUGUUGUUGACUCGAGUGGUAUGUUAUGGGUAGGGUUCAUUGUUUCCCAGUUCCCACAUGCCCUUUUUGGGGAAAAGCUUUUCAAGUCACAGCUGCAACAAAAGGAUAGGGGCAAAAGUGGAAUCCACUGUAGCGUGGAUGCAUCCCAAACUUACCUAACUUAAAAUGACAAUUUACGUUUGCCCCAGAAACUCAUAGAGUAUACUUGACAAGCUAAAACAACUUUGAACAUGUUGUUUGAAGCUAGAUUUUACAAUUCAAACUAUUUACAAAAUUCGAAACUUAAAAACUAAUAGAAGCACUCAAACUUUCCCUGUGGAGCAGCGUGCUCCCAAGUUUCCGAAGCCUAAAAUUGCAUAAACUGCGAUAUAUUCCUUACCCUUCCCCCCCCCCCCGAUUGUGAGCCAACAUCUCCCGUGCUUUCUGCAGCAGUUCCCUGAGAGCCCGUCACGAGUUCCCCGAACACCAGUUACCAAUUGUCAAACCGAACUUAGUCUGUGUUGUUUAGAUAGUUAUGUGUUAGAGCGCAUACCGUUACAGGCGUUUCGAUGAAGCCAAAGUUGUUUGUUGUGUUCUGUUGAUGUGUUUGCUAGUCGUGCACAUUCGAUGAAUACAGUUCUGUUGUUGGAAA